GCACCAAACCACCCAUUGCACCCGCACACGUCCCCUGAUACAUCUCCACUCUUCACAAUGGCAGGCUGGGUCUACCGCGAGAACCGUGUACCGUACUACCAGCGCGAGUUCCAGAAGCACGAUGGCCUGAGGACUUGGGAGAAGGCCCGUGGCAAGUGGAUGAUUCCCGCCUACAAGCUGGGCCUCUACACCAGCAUCGGCGCCAGCAUGUACAUGAUGGUCCGUCUGGUUCUCGGACACAAGACUUGGGCUGGCAAGAACUAGGCUUCGAAGGCAGGAAUAAUAUAUCCGCACUAGGCCACCAUGGAUAGACCAUCAGGCAGCUUCAAUGUACAAACCAUAAACGGACCCGGCCUUUGAGCACAUUUCUUUUGUCCCGCCGCAUAGACAGCAGACAGCAAAUCAUAUCGACAGCUUGCCAUAC